AGUAGUGUUUCACCAAUGAAAGUUUUCCCGGAAGAUCUGGUAGAGAGAGAGGAGCGGCUGCGGAGAGAAGCUGUCGCAGCAAUGAUGCCUGGUCAAAUCCCUGAUCCGUGGAUGACGGCCGGUUCUCUGCCCAGCGUCGGUCCUCUGGCUGGCAUUCCCGCCACCACCCUGACAGACCAGCUCAAACUAGCAGAGCUCUACAGCCUCGGUGCUGUUCUGUCUCCUCUCAUCCUGAACAGACAGGCCAAGAGACCUUUCGACGUCAGCCAGGGUGAGUCAGAUGACGAUGAAGAACGCAAGAAAAGAAGGCGAGAGAAAAAUAAAGUUGCAGCUGCUCGCUGUCGAAACAGAAGGAAGGAAAGAACCGACCUUCUCCAGAAGGAGUCCGAACGGUUGGAGACGCUGAACUCGGAGCUGAAGUCUCAGAUCGAGGAGCUGAAAUCUGAGCGGCAGCAGUUGAUCGUGAUGCUCAACCUCCACCGGCCCACCUGCAUCGUCCGCACAGACAGCGUGAAAAGCCCCGAGAGCGACCAGCGAUCCGAGCAGUCCGACUGAACACCACACCAGAAACACCGAGCCGAGAGGAGAACAGACGCUGUGGGGAUGCUAGAUGAAGAUGAAACCGCAGGACGUUUAUUGUCCGUGUCAAAUUCAGCAUGAAGAAAAAGGGGAGGAGAUUUGUGUGGACCGCAAACAAACAUCCCUGAGAUCAUGCAAAAAGCUCCCAGACGUUUGACACGCGGUCAUAAAGCUGCAGGUGUGGAGUCUCUCAGUUGAUCCGAAUGAAGUGCGUGAUUCGUCCAGCGGCCUGCAGAUGGCGCUGUCUGAUAAACUGUUCACUGACGCUGGCGUAUCCACGGAUUGAUUGUUUACAGUUGCAUUGACAUAGUCUAUUGAAUGUUAUGUCUAUUGUAUGUACAUUUUUAUUGUGCCAUCACAUGAUAUGGUGACUUGUAUGUAUUUUUAUCUUUAGGGUGUCUGUUGAACGGCCACUUUUGUUACCAAAUAAUGUUUCUUUGUUAUGUAAAACCACAUUAAAAUAAA